UAACAACCAUUUCUUCCAGGUUUAGUGAAAUAGUUUAGAUCGGCCUUUCCUCUUCCUCCUCCUCCUCCUCCUCCUCCUCCUCAGCUUCUCUCUCUGUAAUUUCUGAGUGUGUCUCUAAAUUCUAAUGGCGAUCUGCUUUGCUCCUCUAUCCACCUCAUUCUCAGGCGGCGGAUGCCAGCUGAAGGCGCGUGAGGUUUUGUGGUCCUCCGCCAACGGCAACGGCAGCGUCAAGGCCAAGGCCCAAACCCAAAGGAAACGUAUUCACCUGCGAACCGGUCGCAAUUUCACUGUUCGUGCCGAGUACAGUGACGAUAGUAGAGGUGGCGGCGGCGGUGCUGAUUUCGUCGCUGGUUUUGUGUUAGGAGGUGCUGUCUUUGGGACUUUGGCUUACGUUUUUGCUCCACAGAUUAGAAGAUCUCUCCUUAAUGAAGAUGAAUAUGGAUUCCGGAAGGCAAGAAGACCUAUAUAUUAUGAUGAAGGUUUGGAGAAGACUAGGCAGACCUUGAAUGCAAAAAUAAGCCAGCUCAAUUCAGCCAUUGAUAAUGUGUCUUCUCGUUUGAGAGGUGGGAACAAUGCACCCACGGUGCCAAUAAAAAAUGAUCCUGAAGUGGAAGCUACCAUGUGAGAUUCGUUUCAGUCUCUUGAGCUACCAAUGGUGCUAAUUAAUGGGGUUUAAAUCUUUUGAGAUCAAUAUAUGUUUAAAACUGGAUGUGUAACUAUGUGGUCUUGCCACCAUAAAUCUUUUGGUGGAUGUUGUUUAUUUCAGUACUUUGGUUAUAGUAGUCAGACUUUGCAAAAGCUGUCAUUUCAAACAUAAUUUUGAUUACAAGUUUGGAGGAUUAAUAAAAUGGAUUUUCAGCC